CGGUGCUCCGAUUCCGGCCAUUUGAAUGGGCUGAGCUUGAGGUUAGGAUCAGAUGCGUGUGUGGAAAGUUUGAUAGCAAUAAUUGUUCCCAUCAUAACGAUACUAAUUAAUUAUAACAUGAGUGCAGUAGUCAGUGCCAUAUGAAGCUCUGUGUCUCAUCGGGGUGUGUUUGCAACAAAACCGGCCAAGUUCAACUUUUGUGAAGAGGACCUGUCUGGACUAGUUGGAAUCUGCAUGGACUAACAUGAAAAGCCUUAAAGCAAAGUUCAGGAAGACUGAUUCCAACGAGUGGAGCAAAAAUGAUGAGCGUCUCCUGAGUGCAGUGGAGCAUGGAGAGACGGAGAAGGUCAGCUCGCUCCUGGCCAAGAAAGGAGCCAGUGCAACCAAAAUGGAUGGCGAGGGCAAGUCAGCGGAUCCCGUGAGCGUGCGCGUGUCUGUGAGCGUGUCUGUGAGCGUGCGCGUGUCCAGUCUGCACGUUGCAGCAACUCGGGGUCAGACAGAGUGUCUCGCCAUCAUCUUGUCCCAUGGAGCUGAUGUGUCUGUAGUCGACUCUUCAGGUUUUAGUGCUUUACACCUUGCUGCCAAAAACAACCAUCAGGAAUGUGCCAAAAAACUCCUACAGAGUAAAUGUCUUGUAGAUGCUCUGGAUAGCGGUGGGAGGACUGCUCUUCAUCACGCAGCUGCCAACGGGAACAUUGUGAUUGUUCAGCUCCUGUGUGAACACAAGUGUCCAGUGAAUUUAACAGAUAUGGACGGAUUGACGCCCUUGCUGCUGUCAGCGAGACAUGCCCAUGCAGAGGUCUGUGGCAUUCUGCUGGACUGGGGUGCCAACAUAAACACCUGUGAUAGGAACGGCAGGUGCGCGGUCAUGCUGGCUGGAGAGAGCAGCUGCGUGGCGGCUGUGGAUCUGCUCGUGCACAGGGGAGCCGACUUGCGCCUGCUCGAUUCACUAGGACAUGACGUAUUGCACUACGCCAAGCUUUCGGGAAGCACCGAGAUCCAAGCAAUCAUCACCACCGCCCUGCAGCAUCCUCCGUCCGAGUCAGAUAAGAGUUCACCCAGAAGCCAGCAGCAUGAGCACACGGCUAAGCUAAACAACGAGAGGAGCACAACCCCAAAAAAACGAAAAGCACCCCCCCCUCCUCCUAUUAGCCCUGGGCAGUCGCUGGAUGUCAUGUCCCCACCGUAUUUCACCCCGAAUGAAACUCCAGUGUCGAGUAAAGGGGUCAAGAGGUUCAAUUAUAAGGAGGAGGAGCUGAGGAGUGUGUCACUGUUGAGAGAGGAGAUCGAAAAGCUCCAGGAAGAGAAGAGCAUUCUGCUGGAGACCAUUGAAGAUCUGAAGCAGAUUAUGGAGCAGACUGAGCCCAAGACCGAGUGCUGUGGAAACUCAACGUUGCUUACAGCCCUUCAAUCCAAGGUGGCUUCACUCUCACUGGAGAACCAGCAGCUUGCUCAGAUCAUCAAGAAGCGUCCACCUCCUCAAGGUGAAGAAGGCCAGGAGGAUUCGCGGCCAAACAGCAUCGACUCCAACACGUCGUACCACUCGACCCAUGCUGAAUUCGAGAUCUCCAGUGAGCAGGACCUCUUAGAGGUUUCAACUUUUAAGCACGAAGACAUGAGCAAGCCUACAAAGACGGCGUAUGAGGAAGAAAUCGCUCUGCUUAGAGAAGCGCUGCAGAGCCUGCAAGCUAAACUGGACGAGUCGAGGCUGGAGAACCAAACCCUGCAGGCCAGACUGGGGAUCGACUCUCACACAGGGUUAAGAGGAAACGAAGGCCUGUCAGAAAGCACAGCCGAGCUCAAGGCCAAGCUGGUGGACCUGCAGAUAAAGUACCAGGAAUUGGUGUCGGAACUGGAAACCCUCCGGAAGGAAAGGGUGAGGGUGGCGCCUGCAGAAUCUCCCAGCCAGGAUGAUCAAGUAGUACAAAAGUUUCAGUAUUUGAAAAGCUGCCUUGAGCAGGAGGUUAAAGAUCUGAAGACAAAGCUGGCCAAGUUGCAGGAAGAGAAGAUGCAGGACACUCAGUUGAUAAAAGAACUGGAAGCUCGGCUUGCGAGCGAGAGUCUUCAGGUUAUAGAGGAUGAGAGUCAGGAACUGAAAAACUCCUACAACAUCCUGGUGGAGAAUAUCAACCAGGAGAAGGCUUUGUUGAUUGAGAAAUAUGAGGAGGCACAGGACGAGAUCAAGAUGCUUCAGGAAGCCCUGCGUGGCACUGUGUCCGUUGAGGCCGCUGCUAAAGACUUUGACGAGAUGAAGGCGGAGAUGUCUGCGGUUAUUGAAGGACUCCAGAAACGGCUGAUGGAGCUUUCUAAAUCCUAUAGCGAGACGAAAAACGAACUUUCAGACGCCCGAAGCCAGCUCCAAAGCAAAGCCCUGGAGACCAAGCAGCUAUCACAGACCGUGUGUGAGACUAAAGAGAAGCAUGAGGACAAAUUGCAAGAGCUGACACUUAAGAUUAAGGAUGGGCAGAAUUCGUUGAAAGACAGUGAAGUCAAGUAUCAUUCAGCGCUGAAGGAGAUUUCACAACUCAAACAGGAUGCAGAAAUUCAGGCCAAGUCUACAGUGAGCAUUGCAGACCACACUCAAGUCGUGGCCUCGUUAGGAAACGCCAUCAAAACCUUAGAAUCCGAGGUGGACGUCCUUAAACAGCAGCUCACGAAGAAGAGCACACAGCUGGAGGCCUUACAAAACAGACCUACUGUGGAGAAGGUCACGACUCCAGAUGACUGUGUUUCCAAAAUUGAACAUGAGCAGAUGAGAGAGUCUCUGGAGCGCAAGAUCAAUCAGCUCACUCAGCUCCUCCAGGAUGCUCUGAGGAAACAGGAUGAGAUGGCACUUGAGGUGACCGCCGCCUGGCAUGAGGUGAAAGAUGACAAGAACGAGAAGGAGGCAGCAAAGAAGCUAGCUCUAGCGAGAGAACAGGAGAAUAAUGUGCUGAGUGUGAAGUGCAGAGAGGCCCAGGAAGCCAUCACGCACCUUAAAAAACAGGUGGAAAAUCAUGUGAACUCUGAAAGAGAAAAGAAUAAAAAGAUCGAUGAUCUGUCAAAAGAGGUGGGGAAGUUAAAGGAGGCCCUGAACAGCUUGUCCCAGCUCUCGUACACAACAAGCAGUCCGAAAAGCAGACAGCAGAACCAGCAGGUUGAUUCUCUCCAGCAGCAGAUCAAACAGCUGCAGUACCAACUGGCUGAGUCGAAAAAGAGGCACCAUGAAAUUGUUUCUGUCUACAGAAUGCAUCUCCUCUACGCUGUUCAGGGUCAGAUGGAUGAAGAUGUACAAAAGGCUCUGAAACAAAUUCUGGUGAUGUGUAAAAUACCAUCAGAAGAAAAAUGACAUUGCUAAUAUGUUCCUCCAGAGUCUGACUAAAUAAUAGUGAUACUUGCACAUGUAUUGAGAAUAUGUCCGGAUUAAAUGGAGCCUUCAGUUCUUCCUACAUCUCUGGGGAAAAAAUGAAGUAUGAUGUGAGGUUACAUAAUUGUGUUUUUUUGUUGUUGUUGUUGUUGUUGUUUUUUUAUUAGCAAGCACUUGCUUUUGACCGUAUCAGACAAUCAAAUAAAGAAUGAAGCGGUGAUAUUACACUCAUCAAUACAUAGUAUACAUGUUAUCUUGUAAUCGAAUGAACAGUAUAUGGAAAAAAUUAAUUAAAUAUUUGUGUGCAUUAAUACAUUAUGAAUCUGAGAAUAUCAGCAAAGAUUUGUUACUUCAGUCUGCAUAUUUGUGGUGUUUGAAAUACAGCAGAGAACUGAAUCGUGAACAGGGCGGAGCUUAGGUUAUAUUAAUCAGCCAAUGAUAUUAAUGUUUUUCCUUUUCACUCAUAUACCUCAAUGUUCACAAAGUACUGUUUCUUUACACAAUAUAAUUCUAGCAGCUUUAGCUAAACUAGCAAGCUACUAAAGUGUAGCACAUCACUGUUAGCCAGCUAUUUGAUUAAUCUAGCAUCAAACUAUCAGGCUAAGAACUUUUUUUUAUUGGAAAUAAAUAGCAACAUUUGGUAAAGUUAGCUAAACUAUUGUGGCGAUGUGUUAUUGGCUGAUUAGAUUUGAUCUAAGCUUCACGCCUGGUUGUUUGUUUCUUGGCAAAAUCAGCAUGAGCAUGUGCUAGAAACUUGGCGCUGUAGCUGUUUGUCCUUGAAUCAAAACAAUGCAAAUUUGCCCAUAAUGAAGUCAUGAAUUAUUAAUUAUCUAACAAAGUGUGUAAAUGGCCUGAUAAAUGUUUAGAGUGACACAGACAGACAGACAGCUUCUCAUGAACCAAAACUGUAGAGAGCUAGUGUCAGAGCUCAGAAGCUAUCCAUCUCUGAAGUUAUCCAUCUGGUGCAAAGUAAAGAAAAAAGUGAAAGAAGAAAGAAAAAGUGAUGGUGAGGGAGAAACAAAAUAAAAUUACACGUUUUCAUCUGAGAAAUCGUCUGAACUGUGUUCAGAAUCUUUCGGCUGAAACAUAGAAUGGGCACUACCAUUAACUUGCUAGUCACCAGUACUGCUUGUUUCAUUAGAACUAGGAAUACUUUUCCAGUUGUUAUUAUUAUUUAUUUUAUUCAUUAAAUAUCAUCUCCUGGUACUCAUCAGACAUCAGCAGAACCUACCCAGCUGUUCAGAAAUAUUCAUGAUACCUAUGUGCUAACAGUAACUAUAUAAAUAAUGAGCUAACAGCUAAAGAAGUAAUAUGAGCUAAACUGACAUGUUUCAAAAGAUUUGCAACUUUUCAUAAUCACAGUUCAACUUUUUAAGUCAUAUCUGUAUAAAUAUCUGUAUAAUAAUAAUCUUCACUUCUAAUGUAGCUUGACAGUAUUAAUAAAAAACACAAACAUUAAGAGCAAGCAAAUUUACACUAAAAUAUCUAAUUACACUACACACUGGCCAUAAUACAUAUGGAUGACAGUAAGUACUCAGCAAAGAAAUUGGGCAUUUAUUUGUUUAAUAUAGCUAGCUAAUGGACAAAAUCUGAUUUCUAGGUUUAGCUACCCUUAAGCUAGCUAUAUUUAUCAAGUUCAUUCUUGUCAGGUCUGUCCUAAGAGCACUAAAGGCUCCUUCUGUCACUUUCUCUUAGCUGUGUGGAAAAUGAAGUGGGGAAUUGUUGUGGUCCAUUUUCUAUACCCAGUGAUUUCAAUUUGAGAAUGUGAGACAUGACCCACUAUCUAUAUGACCUGCUAGCAACACGAAUAGGAUUAUGGUAGCUAGAUCAUUUUAGGGUGCUGUCCUCGCUAGCUAGUAAAUGUCACAGUAUGUUACCAGGUCAGUGACAAUCACAGAUAUUCAGUAGAAUUUUCUGCAGUGUAUCUAGUUAAACAUCAAUCUGAUUAGCCAGUUCUGUGAGGUUUACUAGUGGAAGACUGUGAUAAAGGUAGGGAUGUGGAAAUGGUGUGUACAGGAAGAUAAGAUUUAUAUGGGUGCUAGCAGAUGGAUGCUUAUGACAGAAUGUUGCUUAGUGCUGUAGGAGGCUUUAGCACCAGUGUAGCUUUGACAGAAAUGCCUAUGGAACAGACACCGCAAUUUCCCUCUCCAGUCCUGAUUUCAAUGCCAGCUGGAGUCCCUGCUAACCAGGACAUAAAAUCUGUGUCCAUGUGCCUGUGCUAAUUUGUACGGCCUGUUAGGAAGUGCUGUUUGUCCUGUCACGCUUAUUUAAACCAGACUGAACAGUGGAUGUGCGUGUGUCUCUGUAGUAUUUUGAAGUACACACUAGCUGCAUGUCAGUUAAUUGGUGUAGACAAUUUUUUCAGUAUUAAGUUUUAAUAUUGUAACUUUUUUUAUUCUUAUAGACAUGUAAACCUGCAUCACAGGGUCAAUAAUGACACUGGGACAAGUGCUUUUCAAGCAUACAGCACACGGAAGCUUUUUUGUUUUCUACAGCUUCCAGCUUUUAGAAGGUUGAGAGUUCAAAUCCAGGACCAAGCAGAACCCAAUAUCAAUCUGGUGCCAUUGACAGUAAAGCUAACAAAUAUUAACAAUACAAAGAUUUACACAAGCUACUUUAGCUAACAGAUUAUAUUACAGAACACUUUUGCCACAUUGACUAAGUCCAGCAGCUAUUUUAGCAGUGACUAAACUGGGUGCAGCCAACCUCCACUUAAAUAUUAACAGUAGGUAGUAUUAUUAAGGCAAUAUGACUAGAAGUUUACUUAGUUAAGUAACAUCAUAAUUAAAAUAAUGGUCUUUAAAGAAAGACUGGGACAUUAAUGUAUGAAUUUGUAGUUAUAAUUAUUGAUGAGAAAUAUAUAAAGGUUAUCCUUAUUAAUUUAGUAAAUGUUAUUAAAGACAUGAUGCUAUAAUAUUAAAAACGUGCAGUAAAAACUUUUAAUAUUUUAUGAGGAUAAUUUUCUGUCUGUUCUAUAUAGUGCUGUUAAUGCUUUAUAGCUAGUCCCAAAAGACUAAAAAAAGUGUGAAAGAGGACAAUCCAAGCAGUCCUGGGAUUUAAACUCGCAACCUUCUUGUUACUAGCACAAAAGCACAACUGUCCCGCUUGGUCGAAAAGGUUGCUGUCUUUUUUUUUUUUUCUGGUUCUCUAGUCUGCAGUCCUUUUGUCCUGCAUACAUUACUGCUUUUUUUUCCUGCUCCACACACACACACACACACCAACUCCAUUCUGACUCCAGGGUGUGUUGAAUAUCUGAUGUGUCAGAUCAGGUGUGUGAAAAAAGAAAAAACACCAAAUUAUCCCAGGCAAGAGGUUUGGAGGACUUCACAUUCUGUUCCAUCUCAUUCUUCCUCCAUGAUUUGCAGGGUAUAUCACGCAAAACUGAUUUGACAAAAUUUUGUGUGUUUUUGCUUUUUUUUCAGCUUUUGUAAUAUGUAUGAUGUUUUUGAAGUUGUUCUGGCAUGUGUUUGUACUAGUUAAUAAAACUGCUAUGGAUUUGUU